AUGAGAACCCUCGAAGAGCUGCACUGCCACACUGUGGCGGAGUUGAGUGCCGCCUGUCGCGCUUUGGGCCUUCCGGUGAAGGGACUGAAGAAGGACCUCGUAGGCCGCCUCAUGGCUUUUGAAAAAACCCGAGGGCCCCUGCCUCCUGAAGUCCUGCACAGGCGGCCGCUCCAAAGACAACGGCAUCCCCCGCCACCACUGCAGCCUCAGCAGCAGCAGCAGCAACAUGUGAGCCCCCGUCAGGUGUAUAUACAGCCCGGCGGACCUAUGGAGGAAACGUCCGCUGCUAAUUAUCACCAGAGGGCAAAGCACCACUUUCUUCAAUAUCAGCAGCAGCAGCAGCUCCUGCUACAGCAGCACCAGCAUCUGCAGCACCAACAUCUACAGCAACAGCAGCACCUGCAUCAGCAACAACGACAUGGGGGUGUCCCUCCAGCUAGCCAAGCUGCUAGCCAAGCAGCUAGCCAAGGAGCGACACGGCACUACCCAGGGCCCCAAAGGCCUCGGAAUGCCUUAUCUUCUUCACACACCCGCGGCGCCGGCGCUACAGGGAGGGAGUGCAUAUGUGGAGAUCGGCUGUCUCCUCAGCAGCAGCAGCUGCUGAUGCAGCAGCAGCAGCCUCUGAUAAGCUGCCCUGUGUGCGGCGCUCGCUGUCACCGCGUCUGCUACGGACUGUCAGAGGACCGAAAUCCGGCUGACUUCAUUUGUGGGGCUUGUCAUUUGAAGUUGAUGGAUCCGUUCUACCCCCCUCUAGAAGAAAGCGUUGCUGCGCCAUCUUGGGAACACAAGAGGAGAGACACGCCAAUAGUGAUAACACAAUACUUGAGGAGCGGGAUGAACCAAGUUGAUAUAAAUACAACCAACUUCACGCCGGAUCCCAAAUUAUUUUUCAUCGCUGUGUUCUUGGUGGACACCAAAACCCCGGAGGCCCUGGAGGCCUCCGUCGUCCAACAGCACACCGUGGCGAUAGCAGCUGCAAAAGAGCGCGUGCAGCGGCUGCUCCAUGGACAGCAGCAGAAACAGGAGCAGCAGCAGCAGCAGCAGCAGGACGAUGCAGAUAGCGACGAAGAAGUGCAGUGUCUUGAGGUGGGGAGGAGGCUGAAACUCACUUGCCCCGUAACCUUCACCAGGAUCGAAAUUCCUUGUCGAGGCCGCUUCUGCAUGCACCUUCAGUGCUAUGAUCUGAGCGGAUACCUGUUGGUCUCAAGAAGCACCAAGGCGUUCAACAGCCGGUGGCGAUGCCCCCAAUGCCACUUGACGGUUCUCCCCUCCGACUUGCAAGUUGAUGGAUUUUUUCAACUUCUUCUUUCCCAGACCAAAGAAGAAGAUUUAGAAGUCGAACUACAGGCGGAUUUGUCCUUUAGGGUUUUGUCGGAUGAAGAACUGAAGGCGGAGUCGAAGAGAGCAGAACAACAGAGGCAACUCGCGGCGGAGGCGCUGCUCAAGCCAAAGGGAGAGGAGACGGAGACAACUGGGAAAGUGGCAUUUGAAGUCGUCGAUAUGCUAAGCGACAGCGAUGCUGAAGACACAGCAGCAGCAGCGCCAUCAUCAUCAGGAGCAGCAGGAGUGGCAACGGCAACACCAGCAGCUUCAGGGGAGGCUGUUGCAGCAUGCCAGGAUCCCCCUGGUGCGCCUCGUGAAGGCUCUGCUGCAGAGACGCUGCAGAGGCCCGUUGCUGCUGCCGGCAGCAGCAACAGUAGCAGCAGCAGCAACAGCAGCAGCGGAGCAUCAGAUGAGGAAGAUGAGGGGCCUCUUAUGAAGCGGCAGCGGCGUAUGGAUUCUCUCUCGAUGGACGCCAACAACCAGCAGAGGGAAGUGCUUUGCCUCUCAGACUCAUCCGAUGAUGAACAACAGCCGCAGCAGCAACAGCAGCAACUGCAGCAGCAGCAGCAGCAGCAGCAUAAUGUAGCAGGUCCCGCUGUCAACGACGGCCAAGGGGGCGGCGGGGCGCGUCAUACUUCAAAUGAACAACUGCUGCCGUCGCAGCAUUCACAGCAACAGCAGCAAUCAUCGCAGUCACAGCAGCUGCAGCAGCUGCCACCGCAGUCCCAGCAGCAACAGCCAACUCAAUCUCAGCAGCAAUUGCAGCAGCCAACGCAGUCUCAGUUGCAGCACCUGCAGCAGCAGCACCCUGACGGUAGUGGAGGCGAGCUUAACGCUCCAAUUGCUUUGGACUCAGAUUCCGAUGAGGAGGAGCAGCAGCAGCAGCCAUCGCAGCAGCAACAGCAAUGGCAGCAAUCCUCUCAGCAGCAAACACAGCACAGCCAGCCACCGCAGCAGCAGGCAUCGCAGCAACAGCAGCAGUCGUUGCUUCCAAGAGCUCCUUGCGAUGAAGGGGGGACCCAGAAAGCUGAUGCUGCAGGUGAAGGGACAGUGGCGCAGCAUCCAGGUGGAAGCAGCAGCAGCAGCAGCAGCAACAGCGGAAGUAGCACCGCGGGCUCCCACGGCAGCAACAGCAGCACCAGCAGCAACUGCAGCAAAGCUCGGGGCGGUGGUGAUUCCAGUGUGUCUGCGGUUGGCCCCCCUUCAGGCGGUGAUGCUGCGUCCGCUGCAAUUAGCAGCAACAGCCGCAGCAACAGCGGGGAGAUGGCGCAGCAAGACAUGCCCUUGGGAUUCGUGACGGAGGCAGCAGCUCUGCUAGAAGAGAUCGAUUGGUCAGCUGACGGGGGCCAGCCAGAAGCUGGGCAAGCGCAGGCAGCGUCAACACCUGCAGCUGCCGCAGAUUCUGCUGCUUCUCCUGCUGCUGCUCCCGGUGCAGCAGCUGCUGCUGUGACGGAUGCAGCUACUGUUGCUGCUGCUCAGGCGGCGGCGGCUGCUCCUGCUCCGGCGGCUUCUGCAGCGGAAGAUGCUGUAGCACUGCGAAAGGCUGCCGCUGCUGCAGCGGCUUUUGCAGCAGCAGCAGCAGCAGCAGCAAACUACGCUCAGGCAGAUCGAGGGGGUACGGGAUCGCAGCCAACAGCUGCCGACGGUAGUUCACAGUCACAGCAGCAACACCAGCAGCAGCAGCUGCUGCAACAGCAACCCUUAAUCAGCGAAGAGGGGCUGCUUGCGCUGCGGCAGAGAUGUCAACAGGAAAUCCUACUGCGUCAGCACGAGGCCAUUAUUCGACAGCAGCAGCAGCAACAUAAACUACAACUGCAGCAGCACCAAGGUCAGCUUCUCCUGCUGCAGCAGAACAGGUACGCCGCGAUGCAGACACAACAACUAAUGCUGCAGCAACAACAGCAGCAGCAACAGCAGCAGCAAGGCGCAGUUCAACCCGUCGGAGCUCCCUGGUUUCUGAACAACCUGCUUUCAGGGGCACCAGGCAGCAGUGGUCCUGCGACUCCCCGUUCAUGGCCUGGUGGGCAGCAGCAGCUGCAAGUGGAGCAGCAGCAGAUGCCGCAGCAGCAGCAGAUGCCACAGCAGCAGCAGAUGCCACAGCAGCAGCAGAUUCCACAGCAGCACCAGAUGUCACAGCAGCAGGAGGUGCCCGCACAGCUGCAGCAGCAGCCGCAGCAGCAGCAAGUGCCACAUCACAUACAGCUGGCUGCACGGCUCCCCCAGCUGUUGAAUAUGCGGAAUAUUCCGAGUUCGGCGCAGGCGACUGUCCGGCAUUUGCUCACCACAGCGCAAGAACACGCAGAUGAGUUCUCCAGACAGCAGCAGCAGCAGCAGCCGCACCAUCGCAGCCUCCAGAAUUAG